AUGACUGGCACAGGCGACGCUGUCCUCGUUUCCUUCAUGAUCAUGCUGGUCAUAAUAACCUACUUCUGCACCGAGUGGACGAUCAUGACCUUGAACCCGCAGUUCGGUCUUGAGGCGGUGGCGGCGCCGACCAACGUCGAGGUCGGUAUCGACCAGGCUACGCUGAUGCGCUACCCGAGGGUGACGUACUCGCAAGCCAACCUGGACGACAAGGGCACCACCGCUAGUUGUUGUUGCAUAUGUUUGUACGACUUCGAGGACACCGACGUCCUGCGGCUGCUGCCGCAGUGCGGACACCCCUUCCACCUCGACUGUGUCGACCCGUGGCUGCGGUCGCACUCGUCGUGCCCCAUUUGCCGCUCCUUUGCGGCGCCUCGGGCCGAGGUCGUGUCAUCGACGCAGCCAACACGGUCGCAGUGA